AUGUUCAAUACAUUCUAUACGCUGAGUCCCACGAUCGCUCACCAAUAUGGCUCUCGGCUCCAAGUAAUCUUCCGGCAGCAUAUUCAACCAUGGCAUCCGUCGUCCACUCUCACCCACGAGGCAGGUGCCGCAGUCCUUCGACUGGCCCCGGAGAAAUUCUGGGAUUUUAGCGCGACCUUGUUUCAACACCAGAGUGAAUUUUUUGACGUGAGCGUGGUCAAUGAAACUCGUAAUAAAACAUAUGAGCGCCUCGCUAGGAUUGCCGGGUCUGUUGGCGUGGACGAACAAAGCGUCCUGAACUUGUUGACAAUCCCAGAUACCCCCGACAGCACCGGCCAAUUGAAUGUGGGAAACCAGGUGACCAACGACCUGAAGUUGAUGAUCAAAGCGGAUCGAGUAGUGGGAGUUCAUGUUUCACCAACGGUUUUUUUCAACGGUGUAGAGGAGCGUGGGAUCAGCAGCAGCUUCACCGCGGCGCAAUGGGGAGAAUGGUUCGCCACGAAUGUGGUUUGA